UGUGUUAUUUUGUUUACAACUUUGCUAGAUAGCACACAGUUCGGGAUUUUUCACUCGGUGGCCGAGGUGGACAUCAUUACUAAUUUUCACUGAUGAAGAUGGACACAGCCGAGGAACCCCAGGGAAGCACGUGCAGGAUGAACGGCGACGGCGCGGCCUUGCAGCGGGCGGGGCCGCGGCUGAACGGAGACGGUCCGGUGGUUCGAGUGGGCGGCGACGCCGAGCCGCUGGCGGCGCCCGCCGCCGCGCCGCAGCCCGUGCUCGACGUGGAGAUCGUGCUAAAGCCCAGCUGCGUGACAGAACGGCAGCGCGUGUGCCGGCACGCGCGCGACUUUUUGACGUCGCUGCGCACCGUGACCACGUGCACGACCUACCUGACCCUGGGCGAGAAGCUGGGCGCCAGCGCCGUGGAGCUGAGCGUGUCGGAUCGCGUCGGCUCGCAGGAGCACCGCUGCUACACCGUGGCCGAGUGCCAGCUGCACUUUCACCCGCACCGGCUGGAGGAGUCGGGACCCGAGGUGGAGGAGGUGGAUGACGAGGGCGGCGACAUGCCAGCCGCCACGCAGUGGAUCCUGCCCAGCCGCGACUUCCACGGUUUGUGGGAGUCGCUCAUCUACGAGACAAACAUCAAGCAGCAGCUGCUCAACUUCGUCUCGACCACGCUGCUCUUCUCCGACAAGGGCGUCAACGGCAACAUCAUCUCUUGGAACCGCGUCGUGCUGCUGCACGGUCCGCCCGGCACCGGCAAGACCUCGCUCUGCAAGGCGCUCGCGCAGAAGCUGGCCGUUCGCAUGUCGGACCGCUACGCCUACGGCCAGCUGAUCGAGAUCAACAGUCACAGCCUCUUCUCCAAGUGGUUCUCGGAGAGCGGCAAGCUGGUGCAGAAGAUGUUCACCAAGAUCCAGGAGCUGAUCGACGACCCGAAGGCGCUCGUGUGCGUGCUCAUCGACGAGGUGGAGUCGCUGACGGCGGCACGGCGCGCCUCGUCCUCCAGUGCCGAGCCGAGCGACGCCAUCCGCGUGGUCAACGCGCUCCUCACGCAGAUCGACCAGAUCAAGCGCUUCCCGAACGUGCUGAUCCUGACCACGUCCAACAUCACCGGCGCUAUCGACCUGGCGUUCGUCGACCGCGCGGACAUCAAGCAAUUCAUCGACCUGCCGUCGCCGGCCGCCAUCUACAAGAUCUACCGCUCGUGCGUGGAGGAGCUGGUACGGACGCGCAUCAUCUCCAGCGCCGAGAAGCUGUUCAGCCUGCACAACCUCGAGCUAACGCAGUACGUGGGCAACGCGGCCACGCACAGCAGCCUGCGCCUGUGGCAGAUUGCGCAGGCGAGCCGCGGCCUUAGCGGCCGCACGCUGCGCAAGCUACCCUUCCUGGCGCACGCGCUCUUCGUCUCGACGCCGUCCGCUACCAUGGCCGAGUACCUGGCGGCGCUGGAGGCGGCCGUGGCCAAGCAGUUCCAGGACAGGACCGAGCUGGGCGACAGCUGAGGCCGGCCGCGCCGGGGCGGGCACGGGUGUGAGGGGAGGCGGCGUGGUGAGAUGGAAAGCGUGCGCGGCGCCGGUGUCAGCGUCAGCUGCAGGUUGUGGUCGGUGCGCUGGAGUGACGCCCGGGCCUGAGGGCUGCUCCCGCGGCGGGGCUGGAAUGCGGUUGUGACGGAUAAUCGAGGACGUUUUAAUUGCGAUAGCUUGGGUUGGGCGGCGGCGGUAGCGACGAAGCGCUAUCCGGUAUUCGGAUACAUAAAUUACAGUGCCUUCCAUAGUAUCUAACCUAGCUCAUCGAGGCACCUCGUAUGCUUGGUGCGUGCGCACCAAAGACUGCUUGAGUUCAAAUUGUUGAUCUCUCGGGGAUGUUUAGAUCGGGAAGUCAUUCCAUUUAAAUGAUAUAUCGGACAUGGACUGCACGCCAUGUACCCAACGUGCCUCAUCAUGAUGCUU